UCCGGCCGAACAUUUCUUCAUCAGCAAAUUAGAAUAAAUUACCCCGUCAUGUCCUUCGCUCGUACUUUCGCCCAACGCUCCCUCCGCACCCUCGCCUCCUCUGCUCGACUCAGAGCUCCCCUCCCCGCCAAAAGGGCCUUCUCCACCGCCCAGCCUCUCAGGAUGGUCGUCUCCCAAGCCAGGUAUGACGCUGCAAACCGCAAGCCCUCGCAGUGGGCCAAGGACCCCAUCGUCACUUACGAGGAGUUGAAGCCCAUUACCCAGCAGCCUACUGAUAAUAUCCUUUUGGUGGACGUGAGGGAGCCUGACGAGGUCGCUCUUGGGUCUAUUCCUUCUGCCGUCAACUUGCCCCUGUCCAAGCUCAAAGAGGCUUUGGACUCCCACUCUAACCCCGGAGACUUCCAAAGGGAAUUCGCCUUCCCCAAGCCUCAGCCCGAGCAGAACAUCAUCUUUUUCUGCCGUUCUGGCAGGCGUUCCGCUUCUGCGGCCGAGAUUGCCAACGAUAAGGGCUACAAGAGCGUGAGGAACUAUGUCGGAAGCUGGCUGGAUUGGUCCAAGCGCGAGAGCCAGGACAAGGACGAGGAUUAAAAAAAGCGGUAGCUUAUGUCAUGUUGUUGGGAUCUACAUUACUCUGUAUCACCAAAAAAAGGCGAGUACACAAAAACCAAAGAAUGAUCAUCAUUACGGAAUUACGAUAGGAUGUAAUCAUGUAUAUACGUCUCAUGAAAAGUCGUCCGAGUCGUCAAACAAAUGGACAUUUUCUCUUUCCCUCCAACACGGUUAAUAAGCCCCUGGCCUGUCUUUGCAAUGUCUCUCUCUGAACCACUCAAUGAUUAUCAACCGCACGCUACCGACGAUUACCUACUUGAAUCCUGCUCCAUAUUGAGCGUCGAGGCUGUCGUUGUUGAAGCGGUGGUGAGCCACUCUGAAGAUGAUGUCAACAAGAAGGAAGGAAAUGGUAGAGAGGAGGGCGGUCAAGAUUUUCAAUGUCGUUUGAGCAAAUUAUCCACAAUUUUCUCUCUCUUGCUCUUUCGUUGCAGCAUAGAAUGAUAAGUCGACAACGAAAAGAGAGAAAAAGGCGGGGCGCGCUUGGACAGAAGAGAACAAACGAGAGCAAGGCCUGAUGAGACUGGUUAUUGUGGAUCAAGGGACGCUAAAAGUCAAUCGUCGGGGAUGAGGGUAUGAUCGAU